UUGUAUUCCCUUUUCACUCGUAGGACUUGAAUGCAGCACAGAGAGAGAGAGAGAGAGAGAGAGAGAGAGAGAGAGAGAGAGAGAGAGAGAGAGAGAGAGAGAGAGAGAGAGAGAGAGAGAGAGACCAGAUGAGCCUCACCGAACAGCAGCAGGGUCCUAUUUCAAACACACGCACACACUCCUACACACACAUGCAACCCAGCCUUGUUGGUCCGAGCCGCCGGUGGCGCCCCCUCACCACUUCGCCGAGGGACGAAGCCUGCCGGGAGACGACGACGACCAGGAGAAGCCCCCCGCUGCCUUCGCGGCACCAAGAGGAGCAGCAGACGGUAGGAGGAGAAGGAGAGUUGGGGGCUUCUUUUGGGAGGUGCUAGAGGAGGGAGAGAGCAGGGGAGCGAGGGCUGCUGCUGGGGGAAGAAGAGGAGAUUGAGAACAACAUCACACAGCAUCGGAACCACUUGCAGAUGUGGAAGCACCGCCGAUCAAGUUCCCGUCCUGGGUGUUUGGCCCAGUGAUUGUAGCCCAGAGAGGAGGAGGAGGAAGCAGAAGGGGCGCCAUGGGGUUCUGCCUCAGCCAGGAUGUGUGGUGGCUCCUGCCAUUCUUCAGUCUGAUGGUGAUGGUCAAUGUGUGGCCCACCCGGGGUCAAGUAUGCCCUCAGCGGUGCGAGUGCAUCGCCAAGCUCAAAACCGUCUCCUGCCACGGUAAGCGACUGUCUGCGCUGCCCGACGGUAUCCCACUGGACACCCGGAUCCUGGACCUAAGUGGGAAUAAGCUUCGCUGGGUGGAGCAUGCCGACCUGCUUCCCUUUCCUCACGUGGAGAAGCUGGAUCUCGGUGAGAACAUGAUCAGCGUCCUGGAACCGAAUGCUUUUUCUAGUCUCCAAAGCCUGCAGGCGCUUUCGCUGAGGGGUAACCAAUUAAAACUGAUACCCAUGGGGGCUUUCUCACACCUUUCCAACCUCACAUCUCUGGACCUUAGUGGGAAUAAGCUUGUGAUUCUUUUGGACUUCACUUUUCAAGACCUGAAGAGCCUGAGGAACCUGGAAGUUGGAGACAACGAUCUUGUGUAUAUCUCUAACAAGGCUUUUUUGGGUCUGGUGGCAUUGAGAGAGUUGACCAUCGAGAGGUGCAACCUGACUUCUGUAUCCAGUCAGUCUUUGUCGUACCUUCACAACCUGGCAACCCUGCGGCUACGCUACCUCAGCAUCUCCACCUUAGAGGACCAGAACUUCCGUAAACUGGGAAAUUUGAGGGGCCUGGAGAUCGAUUACUGGCCCUUUUUAGAAUACAUCACCCCCCACAGCCUGCAGGGUCUCAACUUAUCAUGGCUGUCCAUCACACACACCAACAUCACCUCCGUCCCCACCUCGGCCCUACGAAGCCUCUCCCACCUCACCAGGCUCAACCUAUCCUUCAACCCUAUUUCGGUCCUAGAAUCCUGGUCACUGCGAGACUUGCUCCGGCUAAAGGAGCUUCAUCUGGUCAACACCAGGCUGCUGACAGUGCAGCCCUACGCCCUUGGCGGUCUCCGACAAAUCCGCCUACUCAACCUCUCCACCAACAACUUGGUUACCCUGGAGGAGGGAGCCUUCCAGUCGGUCAACACACUGGAGACACUCCGUUUGGACGGAAACCCUCUGGCCUGCGACUGCCGCUUGCUGUGGAUCCUUCAGCGCAGGAAGACAUUGAAUUUUGACGGAGCCUCCCCUGUGUGCAUGACGCCCGUGGAGGUGCAAGGGCGGGCUUUGGGCGCCUUCUCGGACUCAGCCCUCUUUGACCAUUUCACCUGCCAGAAGCCCAAAAUCCGCAACAGGAAACUGCAGCAAAUAUCGGCUCGCGAGGGGCAGGUGGUGUCGUUUGUUUGCAGAGCGGAGGGCGAACCCACACCGGUGAUCUUUUGGAUAUCUCCGCAGCGGCGUCGCAUCACUACAAAGAGCAACGGCCGCUUGACGGUCUUAAAGGAAGGUACAUUAGAGAUAAGGUAUGCCCAGGUGAUGGACACCGGAACGUACAUCUGCAUUGCCAGUAACGCUGGAGGGAAUGACACAUACUUUGCCACACUCACAGUCAGUGGGCUACCACUAGAUGCCGCCCUAAUGGCCAACCGCACCUACUACGCCGGGGACCUCAAUGACACGAACCUGAAUGACACCAGAGUUUUCCUGAAGUUCACUCUGGACCUGAAGACCAUCCUCAUCUCCACAGCGAUGGGCUGUAUCAUGUUCCUGGGGGUUGUCCUCUUCUGUUUCAUUCUGCUCUUUGUGUGGAGUCGUGGGAGAGGACAGCACAAAAACAACUUCUCUGUCGAAUACUCUUUCAGAAAGGUGGACGGGCCAGCCACCAGUGGAGGGCAGGGGGGUGCCCGCAAGUUCAACAUGAAGAUGAUUUGAUCCUCCAGGAGAGCGUUGACUUUUUGUUUUGUGUUUUUUUUACCUCUACUUUGCUUAUCCCUGACAGGAGAUUAGGACACAUGAAGGAUGGCUACCUUGCUUGAGAUCACUUCAGACAAAAAUGUACACACACACACACACACGCACACACACACUUAAUUGUAUGGUGUUCUUUCCCUAAUGCUGUUUUUAAAUGUCAAGGACAUUAAUCAGUUGCUUUUUGUGCUUGCAACAUUUAACACAUUGCUAUGACAUUUUGGGAGAAAAACAGACUUGACUCAUGAGAAACAAUUAAGAAGGUAACGUAACAUCCAAGUGUGCUUCUAUGAGAAUGUAAUUGAAUUUCUGACGAGAAGUAAUGAUGGUGAUCCAAAGCACCCACUUAAGCCCACCAGAUAUUGAUGAUUGAGUUUUUGAACAUGCUAUUCUCAGUGGCAAGUGUCUCCGUUCGCUGCCAGGACUGAUCUCCCACUUAAGACCAUGAGACAUCGAAGACAACAACCAAUCGCUGUUACAGAGGUCCUCGGUUUAUGACAUGGAAUAUAUGUUUCCAGGAUAUGAAUGGCGCAAAAUGAACUAGUUUGCGCAGCGGCCUAAGGAAAAGCUAUCACACUGUUCCCACUGUACUUACUGUUUUUCAUUUGAUCGUUUUGUAUUUAUGGCCUAGAAGUAUUUGACGUACCGUAAUUGUGACUUUAAUAUUGCAUUCACGUCGCUUAUUGAUACAGUACAGCACAUUCCGACUUGCAUACAAAUGUCAGGUUAUUUUGCCACCGUAACAACGAAAAUGUUGUGAACUGAGCACCCCCGAAUGUUGUUUUAAAAAGCUGAGAGUUGAUAACCACGGAUGUUUUGUAAGGUUUUGAGCACAUGAUGACAGUAAAGAAUGGAAGUGGCUAAAUAUGGCCAUAAACAAUGAAUUAUGGUAAUGACACUGAUUUCAGGAGGUCCUUGGUUUAAUUUUCGGGGACAUAACCUGAACAUGUACAUAAGUUAGAACGCAGCGUUUAUCACUCAAGUACUUUUGGCUCAUAAAUACGAAACAAUUAAAUGAAAACAAAUAAGUAUGGCGGUAAAUGACCUUGCCUUCUGAGGACAUUGGCCAACAUAUUUUUACAUCGCUGCGCAAACUAAUUCAUUGCGCACUGUUCGUAACCUUGAAACCUUGUAUGUCCAGACAGUUGUAAACAGAGGAACCCCAGUAGCGUGCAUAAUCAAAGAAUAGCUCUUUUCCAAAACAAGAUAAAAGCCACAUUUUGAACGUGUUCUAUCUUGUCGUGCCAUCAUUGCGUUGAGGAGUCUAUUUGAACUUUUUUGGAACAUGUUCACACUGAGCCAAGUAAUUGUUUUAACAGGAUUUUCAGAUCGGGGUAACUAAAUGGACUAGAAUUGGAAAAGAGCCUCCAAAUAUAUUAGACCGAUGGGAAGAGAGCAUCCAACAUCAUUAUCAUGCUUUAAUAUGGAGUCUAGUAAUUUCAGUAAGUUUGUGACGUUUUACCAUUUUAAAGAGACAUGACAAAUUUCAAACGCAAUUCACUUUUUAGACUAAAAUUUGAAGCGGUUUGCUGGGCUUUUCUGAGUCUAAGUCAGAACAUCACACCGAUGUCAUUUGUGACGCUUUUGCUCCUGGUUGUUUUCACAAAGCAUCCAUAAAUUUGGAAGUGUGCUUUCUUCUUUUUUUUUUAAUGAAUGAACGUUAGCAAAAUAAUAACCCCUAACAACUUAAGAAUAUCUAUUAUUUUCAGUACAGCACGUCCGUCAUAUUUGUGGAGUGCAAAUGUGCGCAAACCAAUUUAAAAAUAACAGUCCAGUGCACACACAAACACAGUGCUUAAUGUUUCGUAGGAGAAAUGCGGACAGGGUAGUAGUGGUCAAUAAAUGCCAAAGAAUUGCCAAAUGUUGAUUAUUUCUACUCCAAGUCAAGAGCUGCGUUCACAAACAGGGCUUAUUAUGAAAGAGAAAUGUGUCAUUUUGUUUUCACAAUUUAAACAGUUUCCAGGUGUGGUAAUAAAAGGUCGUUGGUUAAAAACUCCAAGGAUAAAGAAUUACAGAACUCUUAACACUCGGUUUUGGAGGGCAGUUCCGUUUCAUGCAAAUGCAGUUUAAGACAUUUGUUAGCACGACGACUGGGGUGGCGCUAGUUUGCUCAGUUUUGCCAACCUCGUGACUUUUUCAGUAUAUUUAAUAAAUUUUUUGAACCCCGUUUUUGAAAAAAAGUAAAUAGUAACACAUCUAGUGACUUUUUGCGGCAUUAUUGGAGAUUUUUGGAAACUGUUAGACUCCGUCCUGACUCCAAAUGAAUUAGCCACAACUGGCUAAUUUAUCUCUAUCCCGUGGUGUGAUUUUCAAAACGUUAUGCCAUCAAAGUAAUUCGGGGGAUUGGUCUUUAGUUUUAGUUUUAUUCGGAAUUAAAGGAGGCAUAAUAUCACUUGACACUUGAUAGGUCCAGACACACAACUAUUCGUAUCCAAGCAAUAAUAUUUUCCCAUUAUGUUUCCUCUGUAAGGCUCAAGCCUUGCCUGUGAAAGUAGCCCUUAAUGUACUGACGAAGAGAAGAUAUCCGAGAAUUUAAUUGGGACUAUAUUGUAUAAAAUGUACUAUACUGCUUAGCAUUCUUUUGCGUCCUCAUUGCUUGGUUUCUACAACUGUUGUGCAAUCCCAUUUUACCAUUCAUUUAGCUGUGACUUUUCUUCCAAAGCAGUGCUAUAUCCCAUACUUUUUUUUUCCUUCUUCUUCCUCAUCAAACUGAUCACUCUCGACACAACACAGAGAGAGCGUGACCUCGGGCACCGGGGCACAGUGUUGUGAUGAAAAGAUGAACAAGAGCUCAGUGGGCCGUAAUCUUGUUUGGAUAGGAAUGCAGUUGCAAGAGAAAAUUGCUUGUACUUUCCCAGAAACUAAAGAAUAUGUUGGACCCUUUUCACGAGAAGGAAUAGAAAUUGGCUUCCACACUGAAGAGCGGAUAUAAAAAGUCUACACACCCCUGUUCAAAAUCUAGGUUUUUGUGGUAAAAAAUAAAAAACAUUUCAAAACCUUGUCCACCAUUAAUGGAACCUAAAUCAUUACAACAUUUUUGGGGGGGAAAUAUUUUUGAGAGUGGAAGUAAAAAUAAGCAAUUGACAUCUUGUGGUCUGCGAUUGGCUGGCAACCAGUUCAGGGUGUACCCCGCCUCCUGCCCGAUGACAGCUGGGAUAGGCUCCAGCACGCCCGCGACCCUAGUGAGGAGAAGCGGCUCAGAAAAUGGAUGGAUGGACAUCUUGUGGUUGCACAGGUGUGCACAUGGAAUUCAGCACACACCUGUCACCAUUUAAAAUGCCUUCGAUUAACGCCAAAUAAAUUCAGAUGUUCUAGUCGGCUUUUUCUGGCAGUAUUUUUUGCUUUCUAGCAGAAGCCUGAAGGUUUUGUGCUAACACUGUCUGCUACUGUUAUGCUUCACUUUCUUUAUGGUGUUCUUUUGGUGAUGAGGAGUGUUGUGUUUGCAACAAACAUAGCUCUUUGAAUUAUGGCCAAAAAGUCGGCCCUUAACCCAUUUUUGUUUGGGAGAUUUUGCUAGAAAGGGGGGAAAAAAUUGGAAAAGCAAGCCUGCUAGAACAUCUGAGCUUUAUUUACAGUUAAUCAGAGGCACUUUAAAUGGUGGCAGGUUUGUGCUGACUCCCAUUUAACAUGAGUUUCAAUGUUAUUGUUUCAUUCUGAACUCGGCCACAUCCCAGGUAAAACCACAUUAUCUCAGGUCUUCCCCUUUGAAAUUAUUACUUUUUUUCAAAUGUGUUGUACUAGUUAUCGUUCACAUUAACGGUGGAAACAGUUUUUAAAUUAUUUAGCUUUGUUUGAUUUUUUAUAUCACAAAAACCUCGCUUUUGAACAGCGGUCGAUAGACUUUUUAUAUCCUCUGUAAGAAUGAACAUUGGAUUGUCAUAAGCAGUCACAUAAUACAAGACAGAUGAGUAAUACAGGGUGGUGGGGUGGGCGGGGGGUGGGGGGGGGGGUGGCUGCUACCACAGAAAAGUGCUUAUGAUGGCCAUUUUCCAAAAUUGUGCUGCAACAUGUUUAUUUCCCCCCCCCCCCUUAUUUAAGUUAAUAGACAAAUCUGAAAUUUAGCCUUUUAACCCCCCCCCAAAAAAAGUCCUAUUUAUUAUUGUCGAUUCCCAUCUUUUCCCAUGGAUUCCACGUUUGUAAAAUCCCCGGAAUCUUGCAACAAUAUUAGGAUACAAACGCCAGACUGUUCAGGAUUCCAGUUUAAAAAAAAAAAAAAAAAAAAAAAAAGUCAAACAUGAAUGGGCUCAUUAUUUUACACACUAAAUUUAGUGUGAGAGGGACCUAGCCUGAAGGCCUAACUCUCUCAACCCGGCACUUUCCAUUGGCUCACCACGCUUCAAAUUCAAUUCAGACUUGAUUGCACUGCUCCCCCCUGCUGCAUUAUAUUGUACUGCUUUGGUACAAGUUUUAAAUUACAAAUGAUUGCGUUUUUGUCAUAAUUGUCUUUUGUUGAAAUCAUGAUGUAAAUAUUGAAACCAUUGUCACUGGAAAUUGUGCUGCUGUUUUAUAUAGUGGUGUUUUAUAUAUAUAUAUAUAAAUAUUUAAAAAAACACACACACAAAAGAGGAAGCAGAGUGUUCAUAAAGCAUGCAAUGUGAUGGAACCAUUUUUUUUAAAUGUUCAUGAUACCUGCAACACUGUGAGAUUUUUUGAAUUUGUCUUGGUCCAGUUUUAUGAGUUCAACUGUAUAAGAAGGGUCAUUAUUUACAGUGCAUUUAAUAUAAACAGACAUUUUAGAUUUGUUCACACAUUGA